AUGGAUCGUUUUCGUAAAACCUUCAGCGUACGCAAGAAAAAGGAGUCCGAUUCUUCGGAAUCGUCUAAGCCGCAACUUUGGGUUGAAGAUGAGAAGAAGAUAAAGGAGGGCUCCUGCAGUUUCCUGUUUUACUUCUCUAGUAUCUGGGGUGUAUUGAAGUCUUCGAAUCUCGGGGUAUGCAAGUAUAAAAAAACACAGCGCGCAAUUUUGUAUGUAAGCGGAGAUGCAUUACGCGUAUCGGAUGAAAUAAGCAAACAUUUAAUUGUUGAUCAAACCAUUGAAAAGGUAUCAUUUUGCGCUCCCGACCGCGGUCAUGAUAAGGGUUUUGCGUAUAUCUGUCGUGAUGGAGCAACUCGUCGUUGGAUGUGUCAUGCAUUUCUCGCCGUUAAGGAGUCAGGUGAACGACUAUCGCAUGCAGUUGGUUGUGCUUUCGCUAUUUGUCUUGAGAAAAAACAGAAACGUGAACGUGAUGCAGUCCAGGCAACCUACACAAAUGAUGAUUCAACUUUCAUUCGUAUGAGUUCUUUUCGUCUGUCAGAACGGCUACUCGACCCACAGUCCGCCAUCGUUGUUGACAAUAAUGUCAACAUGCCUACAAAGUCUCAUCUUGGUGACACAACAGCUGAUAAUGAGGCUGUGGCUCCACUUGAAGUCGGCGCCGACAAGAUUGUUUCAUUGCCGAAGCCAUUAAGCGGUGCUAUUCCUAGGCCUCGAGCCAACCCUUCACUAAUUGAACGCCAAGUAACUGAAUGUUUGCACUUUUAA